AGAGCAAAUGCCGAAACUCUCAAAUCUUUCUCCCCUUUAAAAACUAGAAGGUUUGAGCGUUGCUUACCAUGUGGACAUAUUUUCCUUCUACUUCGUUCGACUUGUUUGUGUUUUUAGCUGUCGCAGACGUUUUAGGGUUUUUGGAAGCAAUCGGAAAGGAGUGUGAGGCUGCCAACUUGCGAUGUUGCUGAGGCCCUCGUAAAGAGAUCUUCGAGGAGAGGGAACUGAAGAGUAGCCUGACUUUUGAUUACCAAGGCUAAAAUUGCUGUAUGAGGAAUUCACUUUGCUUCUGCUAAUUAGAAGAGUUAUAUUUCCGAAAGUAGGUUCAAUAUGGGAUGCUUUGCAUCAACUCCAAGUGAUGCUGGGGGAAAUAGGAGACGAGUUAAGAGUAUAGGAGAACUGGCUGUUUUUGUGCCCGGAUUCCGCAUUCCAAUAGGUGUAGAUUUCACCCAGCCACUGGGUGAUAGCUUGCCAAAAAGUGUAGUGAACCGUCUCAGCGCGCUCAGAACUCGAAUAGUUGCCAUGGCUAUGCAUGAGGCAACAACUGCUAUAAAGUCAAAGCAGAAGAUGAUUACACGGAAUGGAACUUCUACAUUUUCCGAUCUUCUUCAGGCUCUUGAAGAUUACCUACCUGUUCUGCUGGGAUUGACAAAAGAUGGAAGCCAGCUAAAAGACAAGGUUCAGUUUGUGUGGAUCAAUCAGGAAGAUGAUGAUGAGCAAACUACCAUUGGUAAUGUGUGGUACGAGGUCCUAUCAAUUUUGCAUUUGAUGGCUACGCUUUGCUUAGCAGAGGCCAAUUAUUUGCUCCUUCCUAGAAAAUCUAAGGAUGGAUAUCAACAACGUGUGUCUGAAGAGGAUAGGCGGAGAUCCAUUGAUGUUUUCUUGAAGGCAGCAGGAUAUUUGGAUUGUUCCAUCCACCAUGUUCUUCCUCAGAUACCUCUUGAAUUAAGGAAAAGUCUUCCUGUGGACCUCUCUGAAGAGGAGUUGCAUGCUCUUUGCAUGCAAGCUUUGGGUCAGGGGGUUGAUAUUCAAUUGGAGAUGGCAAUUGAUAGUCCCAAAGCAACGCUUGCUGUCAAAAGAAGGCUAGCUUGUGAAAUGGUCAAGUAUUGGCAUCAGGCCCAGGAUAGCAUUUUGAAGGUUCCAUUCAGCGGUGGCUUGGGAGAAAAGCAUCGGUUAUUUGUCAAGUGGAAAUAUGCUGAAGCAAAGGCGGCAGCCUAUUAUUAUCAUGGCCUGAUCCUUGAUGAAGGGAACACAGAGAAAUUCCAUGGUAUGGCUGUAGCUGCUUUGCAAGCUGCAGAAGAGUUUUUGAAAGAAAGCAAGAGGGCAUGUGAAGUCUUCAAUGUUGCGCCACCCACUUCAAGAAGCCCACCUCCUUGGGGAUCUAUGAAGUUUCUCUCUGAUAAAAUUCCUAAAGAUGUCUCCAGCAAAGCUCACACCACCCAGGAUCUCUACUCUCAGGAAAGGAUCUUACAGGCUGCUCCUGUUUUGCCAGAUUUUGCAUUGGCUCUAAACCCAGAUGAAUACCAGCUUCCCCCAUUGGAUCCCAUCUGGAAUACAGUGAUGAGCACUAAAGAAGAUUUGAAAUAUAAGUAAAAGAACACUGCAGGUCCCCGACUCACUGAGAUGCAGUUUCCAGCAAGAAAGAGGAAAUGGGUCUUCAAUCAUAAGCUUCCUUGUCCAUCGUGUGCUUUUGAUGUUUUUCCAAUCAUCCAAUGCUCCUCUUAACUGCUAUUAUACAGUUUUCUUUUCUUUUUUUUUUUUUUUUUUUUUCUGAUAAAGAAUCUCCACAAGUCACCGGCUGGAGAUUCCCAAUUUGGCAUCUGGUGAUGUAUUAUAAAUAAAUUAUUAUAAUUCAUGUCAUUGCACUUUGUGUAUUGGGGAAAAUUAUUAGGUGCGGACACCGGAUAUAGAGAUACGUUCGGACAUCUACUUAAAAUGUGACAUGUAGAGUGCGCCUUUGUUACACUUUUUUUGUGCGAUUUACCUGCAUUUUAGUUACACUUUAGCUACGCUUUAA